AUGGGUGACGAGGAGGUGGCAGCAUUGGUGGUGGACAACGGCAGCGGCAUGUGCAAGGCCGGCUUCGCCGGGGACGAUGCCCCGCGCGCCGUCUUCCCUUCCAUCGUCGGCCGCCCGAAGAUGCCGGGCAUCAUGGUGGGCAUGGACCAGAAGGACUCGUACGUGGGUGACGAGGCGCAGUCAAAGCGAGGUGUGCUGACACUGAAGUAUCCCAUCGAGCACGGCAUCGUCACCAACUGGGAUGACAUGGAAAAGAUCUGGCACCACACCUUCUACAACGAGCUGCGCGUGGCCCCCGAGGUUCCGGCCAUGUACGUGGCUAUCCAGGCUGUCCUGUCUCUCUAUGCCUCCGGCCGCACGACGGGCAUCGUCAUGGACAGCGGUGAUGGCGUGUCGCACACCGUCCCGAUCUACGAGGGCUACGCGCUGCCCCAUGCCAUCCUCCGACUGGACCUGGCCGGCCGUGACCUCACGGAGUACAUGAUGAAGAUCCUGACCGAGCGUGGCUACUCCUUCACCACCACGGCAGAGCGCGAGAUUGUCCGUGAUGUCAAGGAGAAGCUGUGCUACAUCGCGCUGGACUUCGACAGUGAGAUGAAGGCUGCCAGCGAGAGCAGCGACAAGGAGAAGACGUACGAGCUUCCGGACGGCAACAUCAUCACCGUGGGCGCCGAGCGCUUCCGCUGCCCCGAGGUUCUUUUCCAGCCCAGCUUCGUCGGAAAGGAGGCCAGCGGCAUCCACGACACCACCUUCCAGUCCAUCAUGAAGUGCGACGUGGACAUCCGAAAGGACCUCUACUCCAACGUGGUGUUGUCCGGUGGCACCACCAUGUUCCAGGGCAUUGGUGAGCGCAUGACCAAGGAGCUGACUGCCCUGGCACCCUCCACCAUGAAGAUCAAGGUGGUGGCCCCGCCGGAGCGUAAGUACAGCGUGUGGAUUGGAGGCUCCAUCCUGUCCUCCCUUAGCACUUUCCAGCAGAUGUGGAUUUCCAAGGGCGAGUACGAUGAGAGCGGCCCGACCAUCGUUCACCGCAAGUGCUUCUAA